AUGGCCGAAUCAUCGUCAGGCCCUGGCCUGACAGAAGACCUCUUCGCCGAAGCAGUGAUGGACACCUCUGAUUUUGCCGGCUUCCCUUCCGACUCACCAGUGAUAGGAAGACCUGCCAAGACCAAGAAGCCCAGACUUCACGGUUAUACCAAACCUGUUCCUUCGCCAACUUCUUCAGAACCUACCUCAAGCUCAAACAACUCCACCCAAGGAUGGCGCCUUGACCCCAGCCACACAAUCGUUGCAGCUGAACUUUACGGCAUCCUCCAAGCCUUGAAAUACUUAGCCGCCAACCGCACACUGCCUGCAGUUAUUUGCACGGAUAGCCGUUCAUCACUACAGCUUCUUCAGCAAGCAUUCCCCAGCAGCUACACUCAGCUCGUGGCCACCAUUCAAGCGCACCUUCAUCUGUUGCCAACAGGAGCAGUUCACUUACAGUGGGUACCUAGUCACGCGGGUCUGCACGGGAACGAGGCAGCGGAUAAAGCCGCCAAGCAUGCAGCCACGUCUGCAGACCAAACAGCACAAGUCCCUUUUGACUUCUCCGAGCUGAAGUCAGUGGUACAUCGUAACAUCUGGAAAUUUUGGCAAGCGAAGUGGACAUCAAUCCGAGGACAGUUUGCUCUGGGAAUGAUCAAGCCAUCAGUUCACCCAUGGGCUCAUCACAUGCUGCAGACUCGCAGAUUCGAGACCCUCUUUGCCCGACUACGACUCGGCACUGCUCCACUAAACAAGUCUCUCUUCCAGAUUCGCCAAGCCCCAUCACCACUCUGCCCUUCGUGCCAAGUGCCAGAAACAGCACAUCACUAUCUCAUAGUCUGCACAGAGUACGCUGAAGCCCGCUCCCAACUGCGACGUCAGAUAAACUCCCAGGGGAUACUUGUACUCAGUCUUGAAACCCUUCUGGGAGGAGAUAUCACCAGCAGCCCUACCUGGCCUCAGACCUGCAGAGCCGUUGAAAACUUCAUCAGUUCAACCCACCGCUUUGACCCGUAA